AACUCCUAAAAUAGCAUGGGACUGGGCGGUCUUGGGAAAAUGUAGCUCCCAUGAACUGCUGCAAUGGCGACAGAUCCACCUAUAAUAACACAACAAAUAACGAAAGAUCGUCGAGAGAUCAAGAGACCACCUGUAAACGUUUGUCUUAAGGAUGUGGAGGACUGUUUGAUAUAUGACAGAUACGGACUCUCCGCUCCAUUCAAAGAGGUGUACCAAGACAGGAAAUCAGUCAUUAUUUUUGUUCGGAAUUUCUUGUGCCACACCUGCAAAGAAUAUGUGGAUGAUUUGAGCAGAAUACCAGGGGAGGUGCUUAAAGAAGCUGGUCUUAGACUGGUUGUUAUUGGACAGUCCUCUCAUCAUCAUAUUCAGUCUUUCUGCUCACUGACUAGGUAUCCUCAUGAAAUGUAUGUGGACCCAGAGAGAUGCAUUUACAAAAAGCUGGGAAUGAAUAGAGGAGAGAUAUCUGUGGGAUUAGCCCAGCCUAGCCCUCAUGUGAAGUCAGGUAUGCUGGUGGGUCACAUGAAGAGCAUUUGGAGGGCAAUGACGAGUCCCAUCUUUGACUUCCAAGGAGAUCCUCGACAGCAAGGAGGAGCCAUCAUAGCUGGUCCAGGCUCAGAGGUCCAUUUUGCCCAUUUUGAUAUGAAUCGGCUGGACCACAUGCCAAUCAACUGGCUUCUACAGCUGGCAGGAGUACAACAAACACUGGACCUAAGUGAUAAGCCAAAGAUAAUUGUUGUGUAGUGUCUUUUGUGUCAUGAUGGAAGAGUUGUGUUUUGAAUACAACAAAAUUGUCCACCACCCGGGCUAGACACCAUGUUGAAGAUACAUGCUUAGUUUCUAACGAUUCUGCUAGUAUUCUAUUCCAUAAAGAAUAAUAGAUUU